AUGAUGGAAGCAGAUGUGAAUGCUGAAUUAUUGAAAACUUGCUGGGCACCAUUAGGCUUUAAAGUGGCUAAUAAGCAUUAUGCUGUUAAAUUUCAUGUCAAGGCUGGACAAUUGCAUAUAAUACUGACUGAUUACGAAUGCAUAUACUACGAAAUUGCUGAUUUCAUGAAAAAAUUUUCAUCACUGAAUGCUAAAGUAGGUGGCCCAGAAAAGACGUUAUUGGAAAAAGUUUACAAUAUGUUCCUAUCAUCGACAACGAAAGUAUCAAAUGAAAAUAAGAAUGAUAAUACGCUGGAAUUUAAUCUUGAGCAUAUUGUUGGGAAGCGAACGUUGAAAUGGCAUUUUUUCGGACAACAUUUGGAUUCCAUGAAUUAUGUCUUUUCGCACAUAACUCGACCGCUGUUAAAUAUUCUAUCGGUUAUUGUUGAUGAAUAUGAUCUGAGCUCAGUUACGGGUCCUGUAUCCGGCACCAACUUCAAUGAUCUAUUUGGAAAACCUUCUGUACAAAAACUGUAUGAAACAGUUGUUAUGAAAUCUAUGACAGCGGAAAAUAUUGGCAGUAUUAAUAGCGAUGAAGAAAGUAUAAACAGUGACAUUGAUGGCAGUAAUCACACCGAUAAAAAUAGUAUUGAUUCCCUUCCUAUAACACCACCUCCUGCAUCGACUUAUGAAAUGAUGAGUGAUAGAGAUCAGGAUAAAGAAUUUAGGGAAAUUCAAACAGUGCGUGAAUCACCCCCGAAAAAGCCAAAAUUGAAAUUUUAA